CUCGUGCUUAGUAAUUUUGAUAAAAGUUGUGUAUUAUUAAAAUCUGAAUAUGACAAGCAAAUCGUUGAUUUUAAGCGGUUUCAAAGAAGAUUGCGAACAAUUAAUUGCUCGUUUCGAACGGGCAGACGAUAUUAGAUUUCAAACUUUUUGUGAAAUAUGGAAAGCAAUGAAAUUUUCGUUGGUGUUUACGGGGCGUCCAACUUUUUUAGAGUUGUUAGAAUUUUGUGAAGAAGCGCUAAAUGUGUGCAAACAAUUUCUUCUUUUGCCUCCUCGUUUUAAGGAACGUAUUGGAGGAUUGUACCUUUUAUAUGGAAUAUAUCAUAAGAUGCCAAUUGAUCAAUUUAAAAUUAGAGUUAAACUAGAUGACUGGCAAAGCAUUAUGGAGCUUCAUGCAGAAAUAAAAGAAGCAGAACAUUUAGAUGCUAAUUAUAUAUUAUGUAAACUAAUUGCAGAAAAUGCAUUUCAUUUCUGUAUUUUUGAUUCAGAGUUUGGUUUGGAAAAGCAUUAUCGUAUGAAGAAUGCACAAUGCUUUAACCCAUAUUCUGUAUUGCCAACUUUGAAAGAUUUAAGUGAUAAGCAUCAAAUGUUGUCAAAAAUUGAUGUAUUAAGUAAAGCUUAUGAAGAAAAGAAACAAUUACUACUGCUUAAAAAUAAGUCAAAUAGUAGUUUAAACUUAUUCAAUACAAACAUAGCUAAAGAAAUUGUUAAUGAUAUUCGAGAGUUUGAAGAGCAGAGAAGGAAUCAACAAAUAAAAAAUGUGCUUGAUCAUGAGAAAACAUGUAGUGCCUCUACUUCAAAAGGGGAAUGUAAAAAAUCUCAAUUAAAAUAUACUUCUAAAAGCAAAGUAAGAUCAUUGAUGGAUGAUGGUUUUCAAACAGAUUCAAAUGAAUCUGAAGAAGAUGAAGUAUUAGAACUUGAUGAGUGUGAUUCAGAUAUACUAGAAAGUUUUGCUUAA